CAGCCGCCAUUUGUCAUUUUUUGGCAUGCGCGUUCGGGGAUGCUACGAAAAUCGUGCUCGUGAGUGUUUUUAACGAAAAGUGAUUUCAGAACUUUGUUUGUGAAUCGUGGGAAUUUGUGUUGCUCUGUGAAAUACCAGUGCCUAUACUUAAAAUAGUUAUUAGUGUGUAGUAACCGUUCAACAUGAAUAAAACUUGCGCGAGGUGUGAGAAAACAGUUUAUCCGACAGAGGAGCUGAAAUGUUUGGACAAGGUGUGGCAUAAAGGCUGCUUCAAGUGCCAAGAAUGCGGUAUGACACUGAACAUGAGGACGUACAAGGGAUACGGGAAACUUCCUUAUUGCGAAGCGCAUGUUCCGAAAGCGAAGCACACCACAAUGGCGGAGACGCCGGAACUGAAACGGAUAGCGGAGAAUACGAAGAUUCAGAGCAACGUCAAAUACCACGCGGACUUUGAGAAAAGCAAGGGCAAAUUCACACAGGUGGCAGAUGAUCCAGAAACACUGAGAAUCAAAGCCAACACCAAGAUCAUAAGCAACGUCGCGUACCACGGCGACCUGGAGAAGAAGGCGCAGAUGGAGAAACAGAGGCAGAUCAACGAGAACGGAGAGCUUGUUGAUGUGCCAACCGACUACCAACAUCAAAUCGAGAGUUACGCCACGGAGAUGCUACCACCAGCGCCGCCGAGCUUGCCCCAAAAGAACCACUACCAGACCCCCGCCCAGGCACCACAGCCACACACCCAACCGCAGAACCAAUCAAACCACCAGAGCCAAACUCACCACCACCAGAGCCAAACUCACCACCAUCAGAGCCAAACUCACCACCACCAGAGCCAAACUCACCACCAUCAGAGCCAAACUCACCACCAGAACCAGAGCCACCAGCAGCCCCGUCAAUACCAGAACCAGUACAAGAACCACGAAGAGUACAACCAAAACCAAUACCAAUAUGACGAGUAUCAGAAUCAGUACGGAUACGGGUAUCAGAAUUAUCAAACUGCUCAGCCGAAGAUAGGCAGGAUUCAGGAUUACGAUCCGGUGAGCGAUGGGCCCAGGAUGCCUCCUAACACUCAAAGGUCGUCCGCUACACUCAUCUAUAAUAGCACCGGUGGAAAGAGAGGAUCUCACCAAUCCCAACAGCAGCAGGGCCGGCAGAUCGGCCGCGUCACCGACAUGGAUCCGCUGGCUGCGGAACAGCCGCCCACCAAUCAUCAGUCCAACCAGCAGGUUGUGUUCGUAGCAAUGUAUGAUUACGAGGCGAACGACAGUGACGAAGUAUCAUUCCGCGAAGGAGACUACAUAUCAAACGUGACUGCGAUUGACGAGGGCUGGAUGACCGGCCAGGUCUUGCGCACGGGCCAUACUGGAAUGUUACCAGCCAACUACGUUGAGAGAGUCAAACCGAAUAACUACUAAAAAUAUAACGAAAAUUACCCGAAAACGUUAUAUAGUUGGAGCGAAAGUUGGUCGUGGAAAACUAUGUAAUAGUUAGAAGUAUGGAUAACAAUUAAAUGCAAGAAAUUAACUGCAAAACGUUAUAUAGUUGGAGCGAAAGUUGGUCGUGAAAAACUAUGUAAUAUUUAGAAGUAUGCAUAACUAUUAAAUGCAAGAAAUUAACUGAAAACGUUAUAUAGUUGGAGCGAAAGUUGGUCGUUAAUAACUAUUGUUACCGGUAAAAUGAAAAAUAAGAAAUAUAACUUCGAUAAUGCAAUAAUUUAGGUGUCCGUAAAUUUUAUAUACUUAUAGUUGAAGGGAAAGUUAUCGUGGUAACUUAAAACUAUAGCAUUAAUUAUACUAUUAAUAAAUAAUACAGGUUUUAAAUGCCGAAAUAAAAUAAAAGUUUAAUACCUGUAUUAUUUAUAUUUAUAAAUAGAAUAAUGCAAUGCUAAAGUUAAAAAUCAGCUAUAAUACAAAUUCCCUGGAAAUAGUUGAUGCAAAAGUUGGUCGUGUGGGCUUCUAAGUGUGUUGAACUUAUUGUCUUUUACACCAUGAUUCCGGAAAAUAUUUAAUAGUUGAUGUAAAAGUUGGUUGAGCAAGAUUUAGAUAAUUGUUACAUCGUUCAAUCUAACACCGUUAAAAAUAAAGAUAGUUUUUUUUUUCUUAAUAAUUGUAUUAUUAUUUUUUUUGAAUGAACUGCACUAAACCUUUAUGUAAACUAUUUUAUGUUUUAUAAAAUAAAUAUGCUAAAACAUUUCGAAAACAUUUUUUAAACCACGAUAUCAACUUUCGCAUCAACUCCAUUUUGCCAAACUGUCAUAAUUUUAUUUACUUUUAUAGCGAUUUAACUUUCUAUACAAUAUAUAUUUAAAUGAAAUUAAAAAACAUCUCUAAAAUAAAAUUGAUAUUCCUUUGAUCUAAAAGUUGAUAGCUUACUUAUAUGUUUGUCAAAUAUUUAAAGAUUUCCUUCACAUAUUAGCAAAAAAACGUGAUACCUUUUACAACUCAUAAAUAUAUAACUAUAAGAACAAUAGUUCAUUUCUCAUAUCAUUGACUGGUUUAAUGUAGAACGAAAGAUAUACAUAUAUAUAUUUUUAUAUACUUAUUUGCCACUAGUUUUUUAGUGUUGUAUUUAUAUUUUUAAGGCGUACUGUUAAAAUUGUCGAAUAAUGCCUCUUUUUGUAGAGGUGUAUGUAUUUUUAGUGGGAAUAUAUAUACUUACAACCAUUGCCUUAAUAAUCAAUACGAACAUCUUUAGUCAGCAUGUAAGUGAUACAUGCUGUUUAAUUAUUUUGCAAAAUUUCAGACAAGCAUCUAUCAAGAAUUUCGAACGUACGUUUUUGUACUUGUCCUAGUCGCUUGCUACGACAUCCAUAAGAAAAUACCUAAAGCAUGUAACAUUUUACAUGCUGUUAAUUAUUUGCUGAGUGCUGAUAACUAGCUUAUAUUAUGCAAUGGUUGUUAGUCCUUUUGUUGACUUCUACGACCUCCACCAUCAGCUAAUGAUGGAGUAGUCUUAUUGAAGUUGCUAAAUGGACAUAAAAUUUUACAAUUUUAUAUAUAUUUAUUCAUUAAAGUAUAUAUGUGACAAUAAACUAUGUUAUCACUAUUUAAGAACUAAUAUGUUAUCCUACGGGAUAAUAAGGUUAUAAUUGCGCCAACGUAUAAAAGCAUAUAGCUUUUUUUAAUAAUUGUACAUAGAAAUAUUUUUAUAUAACUAUUUUAUGGACCAAAAUAUACUUAUAUGCAUUUUCAACUACCAUUCCAUUUUAAAUAAACUACUUACUUUAGCUACUGGAUACCGGUAAAAUUUUGCUUAUAACGACUUUAUAACCGUUUUAAGCGACAAUUAUUUUCAAUUUGAUACAUUCAAACGCAGAUCAAGUUAACCUUCAUUGGACCCUUUGACGCGGUAAUAGAGGUAAAUUUGGGUAAGUUGAUAUGCAGUUGAUUGUACGAAGCAAAAUGUACCGCUACUUCGCUUGUAUGACAUAGUUUUAAUGUUGUAAGAGCCAAAAUUUAAUUUAAAAGUAUCAAUUGAUACGUUGCCAUCAAAAUGCAUUAUUCCAUAUGAUAAAUAUAUGUAAUCAUCACAGUGCAUUCCCAAUUUAAUUUUUAACUGUGUGGUUCUAGAGCCCAGGGUAGUAUCAAUAUUUUCGAUGCCAGGAGUCACAGACAAUUACUCGAAAUAUGCCACUGAGAAUAUAGACACACUCUUGGCAAACUUUUUUUUUUCGCAGAUGUGAACUCUAGAAGGUGUUAAACUGUUAACACGUGGAAUGACGCUACGAUGAUUUUUUAAUUUAUUUUAAGCAAUUUUGAAAUUAUCUUACUGUACACAAAUGCCGAUAUUACAUUGUAAAUAAAUAAGUUUAUUCAUGUUUACGGCGUAAUUUUAAGAUUUUUUUUUAUUGUUUACAUUCCGUUUUUAUAACCAACACUUAUUUAUACAUAACGGAUUUAGUUUUAAACAUAGUAAUUAUGUUGUUAGGUUAGUUAUAAUUAUAAUUUUAUUUAUUUUGUCAAUAGUCAAGCUUUAUUAUUUCAUCUUACUACGCAAAAAAUAUAACUUAACACAUCUAUAUUAAUACUAUAGAGUUUGUUUGUUUGAACGCGCUAAUCUCAGGAACUACUGGUUCGAAUUGAAAAAUUAUUUUUGCGUUGAAAAGACCAUUUAUCGAUGAAGGUUUAAGGCUAUAUAACAUCACGCUGCAACUGUAAGGAGCAAAGUAAUAUUGGAAUAUGUGGAAAAAAACGGGUUAAUAAAUUUUUUUAAGCGAUAGGUCACCUUUCACGAGUCUUCGAGACUGUUGGCUCUGUCUACUCCGCAAUUUCCAAGAGGUUAAGACGUGUUAUUUGUGUGUAUUUAUUAGUUCCACACGUGCCGAUCCACGGGUAUAGCAAUAACUAUAUAUUAUGUUAUAUAUGGUAUCAUAAUAGACUUUGUAAAAAGAAAUUUUAUAUUCGCACAAUGUUUAGAAAAAAUAAAAAGUAGAAAAAAUCACAUAAUUGGUUUCUUAAAUAUAUGAAUAAUAUGCCAAUGUCAACGUUUAUUUAGACGUUAUUAGUAUGAAAGAAAAAACGUAACCAAAAGCAAUAUCGUUCUAUAAACAGUUUAACGGGACAUAUAAAUAAAUAUACACUGUUAUUUCCUUUUCUUCAUCACAAUAAGGGCUUUUGUAACGUAACAGUAUUAUGUAUAGUUACAGUGCCUUGGACAUUUUAAUAAAUUUUAUAAGCUAUA